AAAGUGUGUACCCCAAACCAGAGCUCCUUCUUCCCCUUGUCUCUGUCACUGUUCCACUAUUUAGAGGACGUGAUACUGAGAUUGCAGAGAGUGCCCCAAGAAGAUGAUCCCCAACAAAGCUUUGAUCCUAGGGGCUUUCACCCUGGCUGUGCUGCUGAAUCCCUGGGGAGCCAGAGCCAUUAAAGAGAAUCAUGUGAUUAUCCAAGCUGAGUUCUCCCAGACCCACAGCCCUUUAGGAGAGUUCAUGUUUGAUUUUGAUGGCGAUGAAAUUUUCCAUGUGGAUUUGGACAAGAAAGAGACAGUCUGGCGUCUUCCUGACUUCAGCAAAUUUGCCAGCUUUGAGGCUCAGGGUGCUCUGGCCAAUCUUGCUGUGGACAAAGCCAAUCUGGACAUCAUGAUGAAAAGGUCCAACUACACUCCUGAUACCAAUGUGCCCCCUGAAGUGACAGUGUUUCCUCAGAGCCCAGCGGAGCUGGACGAGCCCAAUGUCCUUAUCUGCUUCAUUGACAAGUUCUCUCCCCCAGUACUUAAUGUGACAUGGCUUCGUAAUGGGCAGCCCGUCACUGAGGGUGUGUUUGAGACUGUCUUCCUCCCCCGCCCUGAUCAUGCCUUCAGAAAAUUCCACUACCUCACCUUCAUCCCCUCUGCCAAUGAUUACUAUGACUGCAAGGUCGAUCACUGGGGACUGGACCAACCUGUUUUGAAACAUUGGGAACCAGAAAUACGAACCCCACUGCCAGAGACAACAGAGACUGUGGUCUGUGCCCUGGGCCUAGCCAUAGGUCUCGUGGGCAUCGUUGCAGGCACCAUCCUGAUUAUCAAGGGCAUGAAAGCAAGCAACACUUCCCGUGGUGGCCCUCGUGGACCCCUGUGACAGCGUUUUGAUGAAGAAGAAUAUCAGAAGAUCCUAUCUCCUGACUCUCCUUCCAACCCAGCUUUCAUACACAACCCAAUUCAACUUCUCUUUUGGAUAUUUGUUUAGUGACUCUUCCAACUUUCUCCCCUUGAAAACCCACUGUUCCAUUUAUGAAUCACAGCCACAAACCAACACUUCUGAGACCCCCAAAUACCACUCCCACUGCCACACACACACAUCCACAUUCCUCUCAAUCCCCCCACUGAAUUUUAUAUCCCUGCCAUCCCGUUUAAUUUUCCCCUUACUGUGGCAAAGGAACAAGGUAUAUAGAAAGAAUACUUUGGAAUUAGAGGGAUAUGUGUUCAAAUUUUACCUGAUGCUUAUUACCUGUGUGACUUUGGGAAAAUCAUUUAACUUCUCAGGGCAUCAUUUUUCUCAUUUGUAAACUAAGGGGGCUGUACUAUAUGAUUUCUAAAAUCCCUUCUAUCAUGAUCUUAUAUUUCCAUUUCUGAGCCCUGUCCUUCUUGCUUUACCAACUUCUAAUAAUUCUUCCAUAAUCUUCCAUAAGCUAAAUCCGAAUUUAGCAUUCCUUUGGGAAUUGUUUUUCAUCUGUAUCUAAUUAAUUGUUCUUCCCAUUGAGGUGAGGGGGAAUGCAGAGGAGUGAUUGUCCUCCAAAUCACAUCACUGCAGCCCAUUCAUAUUCUGGAAACUGUCCUAAAACAAAUAAAUGUUUGGGCACAUCAGUAUUAGAAUCUUUUUUUUUUUUUGGUCUGAUUAUGUAUUGCUAAAGAAUUUUCAAAAAAAAAAGAGUAAAAAAGGGGAAGGAUUUGUCUUUUAGAGAAAUUUGAGAUUGUAUUGAUGAUUGGGCUUGAGCAGCAUCUACAAGUCUGGUCCAACAUGACCAGGUUACCUGGUGUAAAGGUGGGGCUGGUGUUAGUUGGGUUCUAUUUCUAUGUCAUCCUUAUCUCCAGUCUUAAAGUUCCUCUCCCAUCACUUUUUACUUUAUGAUGAUCACUUCAUCUAUUAAAUUUUUUAUAAGGAGGUUAAUUGUGAGUAUAGGAUAAAGAUAUUUAUAGUUCAGUUCUAGAACUGAUGGGUGGCAUGUGGUGUGCUGGCCAGGGAAGGAUCAGAGUUGAGUAAAAUGAAGUAGAAGAAUGGAUGUGCAUAACAUUGAACAAAGAUAUCAGGAUGCCUGAAUUCUUCUUCUGAACCUCACUAUUUUCAUAAACUAUGCCAGAUCUCAUUUCCCUUCUCUUGAAAAUAAAGAUCUUUACAGGAA